AUGCAUUUCAACAACAUCUUUCUUAUGGCAGCUACGGCCAUUGGUUUGGCUACUGCCGGCCAAAUUAACUUUUAUUCCGACCGAAACUGCCAGAACUACAUUGGCGAAGCCCACCCUGGCAUUGGUCAAAUCACCGGUGGCCCUGCAGGCGGCUUUUCUGCUCUUUGGGUUAACGGCGAUCUGUGGUCUUGUACGCAGAGCUGCGGACCGUACUGGAUUUGCGGAGACUCAGGCUGUGGAAACAAAGUCUCCGUAGCGACAGGUAAAUGUGUUAGCUUCAACACGGGCGUUUGGGGUGUGAAUAGGUGUCAGUUCUGUUAA